GCCCUUUGCACCUCUUCCACUCUGACAGACUAUGGCUGUCCAUCGAUCCGUCUGGUAUCAACUUUUAGGUUGCGUUCUUCUGCAACUACACCAUGUCUCGAGCUUGGAUAUCGGCAUCCCCAUUACAGCCCCCUCUAAAGCGGCACCCAUCUUGAGGGAUCACGUCUCGUACUCCUUGGAGCAAGAUCGCUGGUUGGACUGGUCGGGGACCACCUCCAAGAAUGAUUUUUUCCACAACACAAUGGAAAAUAUCAGGGACCUCACGGGAUUGCCGCCUCGGAUCCGCAUAGGGGCCAACUCUGAAGACCGUACACAUUUCAACCCUAACAUCGAGUUUGCCCAGCUUGUAUUUCCGGCUCCGACCUACGUUAUUCCAUAUCCAGAAGCUACCACUAUCGUUGUGGGCGAUGGGUAUUAUGCUGCUACUCGGUUCCUUCCAAGAGAUACGCAGGUCACUUGGGGUCUCAACUUGGGCAGCAAUAAUCUCACAGCCGCGUUUCUGAUGGCGCAGUCCAUCUCGAAAGCUUUUAAAUCUCCAGUGAUCUCAGAUGCCAACAUCAAGCUGGAGGCAAUUGAAAUUGGGAACGAACCCGAUCUUUACGGAAAUAACGGGCAUAGAGCACCUGGAUAUAGCACUUCGCAGUAUAUCCAAGAGUGGACGACUUUCGCCAGUAAGGUCACGGAUGUUUUGGGAAUAUCACCGACCUCGUAUACCAAAUUCCUAGGAGGGUCUAUGGUGGUGUCGUCGGGAACGACGAGCGGAUGGGGCCCACAGGCGCUGUUUGCGCAAGGGCUACUGAGAUCCCAUGCUGGAUCCUUAAUCUCCACGAUCUCUCAGCACAGAUAUAGCGGUUCAUUUUGCACAGGGAGUCCCGUUUUGCUUCAAGAUCUGAUGACGAAGACGACGAUCCGAGGAAACAUAUCUGUUUACGCGGCCGAUAUUGCCGCCACUCGAGCGCUGGGUCUGGAUUACGUGCUAGGAGAGACAAACAGCUUUGCUUGCCAUGGUGCUCCAGGAGUCAGUAACGUCGCAGGUGCUGCUCUAUGGUCGCUUGACUAUCUGCUAUACGCGGCCCAAGCUGGAAUAUCGCGUAUAUUCUUCCAUCAGGGAAUAGGCUUCAAGUACAACUUUGUACAACCUGUAACUCUCUAUCGGGAUCCCGUCGACUCUCAGCCUCUAGCGACACCGAGAUCGCCCCACGUUCAACCACAAUACUACGCAACUAUCAUUGCGGCUGAAGCUACAGGCCGUAGUGGCAACACUCGACUCUUUGAUUUGCCUGUGAACGAUCCGCGAAUCUCAGCAUAUGCAUUCUAUGAGGGUAAUGCCGUCACCAAGGCUAUCUUCAUCGAUUCUACGGGUUACUAUAAACAUGCCAGCGCUCCUGGCACGCGAAGGCGGACACGUAUUCACCCGUUCUUCCACACUGGCUCCAAUGCGCCUACUCGGAUGGUCAUUAAACGGCUUCACAUCCCGUUCUCCGACGAUACGUCUGGGCUUAGUUGGGGUGGGAUAACCUACGAGACUAGCAAUGGCCGACCCAGAGGAAACCUUACUGUCGAAACCGUGGAUGUCUCUGCAGGGUUUGAUAUUCAUGCGACAGAAGUUGUGAUGGCUUCUUUUCUACGAUAA